AAGUGUCUUUUAUCUCGGCCCCCUCUCUCUCUCUCUCUCUCUCUCUAUCUCUAUCUAUAGGUCUGUACAGAGGAAAAACAGCUUAGUAUUCUGCACUGAUGACCAAGAUGAACGGGCCUCCGCUGAAACCAGAUCGAAAGACUACAGAGAGGAACAGAAGAAUUCACAUGAAGAGCCUUUGCUUUAAGCUUUCUUCUCUCAUCCCUCCCAAUCAAUUCAAAACCUCUAAGGACAUGUUAUCACAGCAAGACCAGCUGGAGCAGGCAGCAAACUACAUAAAGCAACUGAAGGAAAGAAUAGAGGAAUUAAAGGGGAGGAAGGAGCUGGCAACGAGGGUUGCAGGAACAAACAAUAAUCUCAUCGACGCGGUGAUGAUUGGCUUGAGAUUGCCGGUGAUCGAUUUGAGGGACUUGGGUUCUAGUCUAGAAGUGAUGCUGAUUAGUGGGUUGAACAAGAACUUCAUGUUAUACGAGGUCAUUAGUGUUCUUGAGGAAGAAGGAGCUGAAGUUGUGAGUGCUAGCGUUUCAACUGUGGGCGAUAAGGUUUUCCACUCACUCCAUGCCCAGGUCAAAAUCUCUAGGGUUGGUGUAGAGACUUCAAGGGUCUGGCAGAGAUUGCAGGAGUUAAUCUACUGAACUUUUCCGAGUUGUUUGAGCAAGUUACUACACUAUGAAGACUACCUCCACUCAGAGAAUAUGGCCAUUAAGAGUCGUUUACAAAUAAUUCUAGGAAGCACUUCUGGCCUUUCUAACAUUUAGAAAAUUUUUAUUUAUAAGUAUUAGAAAGGUUAAAAACAUUUUCUAUGGAGGGAUCUUCACAUCUCCACUCUCUAGGCCAAUUCUAUAAUUCAGUGAAUGUAAAUUGGGUGUUAGUAUGUGAUAUCUUAUAUCUAGGUUGUGGCCUAAAUGGUUGAGUGUAAAAUGUUGGGAAUAUGCUUUUAAUGAUAUGGAUUCAGUGCUUGCUUUGUAGUUUCA